CUCCACCAUUGUAAUAAGCCACACCCUUCUCCAAAAAUGGCAAAGAGAAAAGGCUAAGCCAUCACACGACAUCCCCCCGGCGCUGAUAAUGAUCAUCCUCGCCGUCUUCUUGUCGGUAAUCACCUCGUCGUCGUCCUUGUACGAGGUGGUCACCGCCGCCGCCGAUCCACAAGUACCUUGUUUCUUCAUCUUCGGAGACUCCCUCAACGACUGCGGCAACAACAACGACGCCGACACCAAGGCGAAAGCGAAUUACAAACCCUACGGGAUCGACUACCCCGAUGGCCCCACCGGCCGGUUCACCAACGGCCGCACCGCCGUCGAUUUUCUCGCCGAACAUCUGGGGUUUGGUAAUCCGAUUCCACCGUUCACAACCGCGAAAGGUGACAGCAUACUCCAAGGGAUAAAUUACGCGUCGGGCUCCGCCGGGAUCCUCGACGAAACCGGCAAGCAUCUGGGAAAGAACGUGCCAUUGGGGACACAGGUCCAGAACCACCAGAAAACAUUCUCCAAGAUCGCGGCCAUGAAGGGCGGCAAAGACUCGGCAACGAAACACCUCAACGGUUGCAUAUACUACAUGUCGAUCGGUAGCAACGACUUCCUCAACAACUACUUCCUUCCCAAGCAAUACAAGACCAGCAAGCUGUACUCCGUCGAUAAGUUCACCGUUCAUCUCGCCACCACCUACCGUGACAAAAUCAAGACUCUGCACCACUACGGGGCGAGGAAGAUAGCCGUGGUCGGGGUCGGGAAGGUCGGGUGCGUCCCCCACAUGAUGGAUAUGUUCGGCACCAAGGGCUCCAAGUGCAUUCAGAACGUGAACUCGGCGGCGCAGAACUUCAACAAGCAGCUCAAGAAGCUCGUCGUCGAUCUCAACAAGGAGCUCAAAGACGCCAAGUUGAUCUACAUCAACUCUUACGGGAUGAGCGAUGGGGAUCCCACGAUUCUAGGUUUCAAGUACAUAACCAGUGGAUGCUGCAAAUCGAGAGAAGAUGGACAGUGUGUGGAAGGCGAAACUCCUUGUUCGAACAGAAAGGAGUACGUGUUUUGGGAUUCGUUUCAUCCGACGGAAACCGGCCACAAAGCCGUUGCAGACCGAACUUACAAAUCCUUGCUGCCUUCUGAUAGCGACCCGUUCGAUCUCCACAGCCUGGCCGCUCUCGAUAUAGGCAAGCAGUAACGACAGAAGAUCUAGAAAGGUGUUAAAAGUGGGAGACGUGCUGAGGAGACUAGUGAAAGAGGACUCGAGCUAUAAUGUAGAGCUUUUUUUUAUGGUGACUUUAAUUUGUACUUUCUUUCCUAAUAAUAAGGAAGAUUUUGGAUUUAUGGGGUUUGGAAAGGUUAGUGAAGCAAACUGACACCGAUUGAUUUCUAAGAAAUAACUUUUGUUACACAUCUUUCAUUAACUAAUUAGAGAGUUACAUGGUCACAAAUGGGAC